AUCUUGUAUCGGAAACUCCUUUAUCAUUAAGGCUCGUGAUGAUGCCUGGAGACGUUUAUCUAUAUAAUAUGCUCAUUUUUCAUGAUCAUCGCUGCGUUUCGUUGAUUUUGGUUUCUGUUACCGGUGAUAGUAAUUUCAAUUUCUUAGUUGAUGACGUUGACGCCUGUUAAGGGUUACUCCUAAAUGCACAUCAACAUAGACACACAUAGGCGUCGGCAUCAGCAUCACAACUAAGUAGAGCUUCUAAUACCAGCAGCAGUAUGUGGCUGCAGUUCAUGAGCAGAUGAACGCGGUUCUCGAACCGGUAGAUCCUGCGGAGCUCGAUCUAGUAGAGCAUCUUGCCGAGUGGGACGGCUUGGAUGAAAGUUUGCACUUUAACAUCGCUGAGCCCGAGAUAGAGGAAGCACCCGCCGGGUCGCAGGGGCUGGAUCUUCAAUUUGUCAACGACAUGUAUCCAGAGCCCGACAUCAACAGCUUGUUGGAGUCUCAGAAUGACGAUGCGCAUCAGUCCCAGAAUGCUGAAAGCCAGCCAGGAGGCCGUGGAAGAGAUUCAAGUACAAAAAGUCGAGGAAAAGGCACGGGUGCUAAUAAUAGAGGAGGAAAUAUUAAAGGCGCAGGACGCAACAACAAAG